AUGUCGGCUACUUCGACCACAUGGCCUUCGGGCGUGAGCCCUCCUCUUACGACGGAUAAUGAGUACAAUCAUAGCGGACUGGUUGUGGUCAUCACCGCGGUCAACUUGUGUCUGGUUUUGCUUUCUCUCGCAGCGCGCACCUUCUCUUACCAUCGGAAUAGACUACAGCGAGAUGAUUACGCAUUUGGGGCUCUCGUGCUUGCAGCAAUUGCCCAAAUUAUAAUUGUGUUUUGCCAGGUCCACUAUGGGUGGGGAACUCUGAUCGACGGUAUCGACACCACAAGCAAAGGACAAAUGUUGAAGAUAGUAUAUGCUGCGGAUAUCUUCUCCAUUGUCGUGCUCGGCCUUUCAAAGAUGACAGCCUGCAUGUUCUAUGAGGGCCUAUUCUCUCAGAUACAACGUCGGAUUUCCUACGCCAUGCUUCCGGUAAUGGUGGCGUGGACAAUACUAUCCAUCUUUCUGUUGGGAAUUCGGUGCUCUUCUAAUCCCUGGUUCGAUAUCAGCGAUAUUGAGUGCAGUGGAUUGCGGACCCGCUGGGAAGUCAUUACAGCCCUCGACAUUUGCACCGAGAUUUUACUUCUUGUGUACGCUGCACUUGCAAUCCGUCAAGUCAGAAUAUCGACAAAGAAAAAGAUUGUGGUUUUCUGCGCUCUCGAGAGUCGGAUUUUGCUCAUCCCCAUCGCGGCAGUUCGUCUGCACUUCAUCCUAGUGCAACUCUCCUCCGAAGAUCCAACUCUCAUCGGGUCCUAUGCCACGGUAUCAACGGAGACAUACAUAGGGAUAAGUGUCACCUGCCUCUUGACGGCCUUUCUCAAGUCCUUCGUUGCAGUCUACGAAGAUGAUAUUGGGAUAUCAUACACCUAUCGGGGGCCGUCAAAGUCUGGUUCUCGAUCGAUAAAUACCGCACCGAAGGAUACACUGUCUCACAGGAUGUCCCGUAGUAUGAGAACAGGGCCAGCAGUAAAAGGCUGGGAGCGAGAAGAGGACCCGAUCAUGGACUCAUCCGAGGGUACUCAAGGGUUACAAAUUAUGAAAACUGUACAAGUAACCGUGCGAGACGAGUCAAUAGAGCUAUCGAACCGAAUAAGAACUCCAGGUGUCUAA